CAUAGCUAUCAUAUAACAUGCUUUUGAUGCUUCAACAGGGCUAUGCACAUUUAUUUUUGUAAUUGCAUGUAGGCUACAUCCACAUUUAACAAUAGGCACAUAAUAUUCACUGUAAGUAUAACUUGUGAAACCUUAUUUUCAUCACCCCCACAGAGUACGUGUGACAUGAUGUUGACUCAAGAGCGGGACUGACCCACGUGCUUUUUAUAGAGGAGCGAAAAUGGCCCCAUUGGUCACUUCCUGGAUGUGAGAGCAGAUGAGGAAACAGAGUAACGGUACUGCAGUGCUUUCUCUUGUGUCGGUUCAGUAUCGUUCUCAAACAAUGUACAACUCUGGACUUUAACUCUUGGAUUACAGUUGCAGGAGUCCUUUGUAUUACAGUUGAAGAAUGACAUGUUUUCACGAAAGUUAGAAGAUGCAUUUCCUUUUUAAGAAGCUCACAUUAAUCAAGAAAUGUGUGUUUUCUUAGACGCACAGUGAAGGAUGCAAGGAGCUAUUGCACGGGUUUGCGUGGUGGUAGUAGCCGCUAUCCUCAACCACCCGCUGCUCUUCCCUAACGAAAACACAACCAUCCCUGAGCAAGAUGACGCGCUCCUUACCCGGAUGCAGGAGCACCAGGAGAAGCUGGAGGCUGAACACAAGCGUCUGGAACAGGAGAUCUCACAAACAGAAACAGCUGUGAUUGAUGAUCAGGACAGUUACAGCUGGUACUUUUGGAGCACUCUCUGCCUAGUCAUUUUCUUCACAAUUGAGGUGUGCAGGCAGGAUGUGAUCCCUACUGAAAUCCCAGACUCUGUGGAAGAUGAAGAUGGAGAUUCCAGUGCUGAAUAUCUCAGCGCCAAGACUGUAGCCCUAGAUAAAGGUGUCCUAAGUAACUUCUGCAAGACCCGCUUCCAUCCUUUCAUCCACGAGAGCGGGAGAGUGCGAGAGUUUAUCGAGGGCUUUGCGGAUGAUCUGCUCGAGGCUUUGAGAAGUGUUUGCAAUCGAGAUUCUGACCUGGAAGUCGAGGACUUUGUUGGCAUAGGCAGCAUGUUUGAGUCCUGGAGGGUGUCUAAACCUCCUACAUGUGACCUCAUUGUGCCUUUUGCUCCUCCACAGCCAUUCAGGUUCCAGUUUCAGCUCUGGUGCGACCCCUCCACUGAAAUUCCACUGGACUUGCAAGGAUGUGGAAGGAUUAAACUAAUAAAACCAGGUGGAAAUGGCACAGACUGUCUCUGUGGCUCAACCAAUCUGGGCGAUGAUAUGCUGUGUCUGCUUCACAGUAGAAAUGAGAGUGAAAAGCUUGAGGAACACACACUGGUGGAGCUCCUCUGUGAGAAGAACACCUCGUAUUUGUCAAAAGAUCAGAUCAUGAGAUGGUUUCAGAUCUCGGUGAGCAAAGCAUGGGGCCAGAUCUCUCAUAAGUAUGAUUUUGAGCUGGCAUUUCGAAACCUAGACUUCCCUGGAUCUUUGAAAAUCAGAUUUAGGUCUGGAAAGACUGUCAUUCUUAACAUUACCCCUGCCGUUCAGUUUGAGGACACGGAUGCUUACCUCAUCUCUCAUUUCCCAUCUGACACUAGUAACCCCUCAGACAUUCACUGGCAACUCUCACUAACUGUUUAUGAAAAGAACCUGCUUAAACAUCUAGCAAAACGACUUCCUACAAACUCAUGUCAUGUUCACUGUCUUCAGAUAGUUUCUUUCUUGCACAAAAAGCAGACAGCUUUGACUGGGAGAAGCGCCUUUUCUAAUUACCAUAUAAAGACGGCGCUUUUGCAUCUGCUGUUGAGUAAACGUCCUGCGAUGUGGCAGCCACAGAAUCUCGAUCACAGAUUACGAGAUCUGCUCAGCUUCCUGCAGCAAAGUCUGGAGGAGAAGAGACUCUAUCACGUUGUUGUUGGGAACCCUCGCAUCCCAGUGGAAAUUCUGGUUCCCAAAAUAAUCCGUACUGCAGAACCCAUAAACCUGUUUAGGCCUCUUGUAUUGCAGAGGCACGUAUAUGCUAAAAUGGAGGAGCAUUUUCAAGAGAUGGUUAAAAAUACCUCUGUGCUUGUUCAAGAAUAUACCCCUCACUUUUCUAACGGUUAUGUGAGACAUGAAUUUAGCUCAGCAGACCAGACAUAGACUUACUCACUGCUCUGGCUUUGAGUGCAGGGGAUUUUUACAGCCUAAUUACAUGAUGACGUUCUGCAGCUCAAAUGUAAACAACAUAUUAAGCACUGACUGUUUCUGAUGCGGUGAUUAUAUUUGGGGGUUUCUUUAACUAUGGGUAUGUUUUGUUUUUGUUUUUGUCCCAGGGGCCAUAUUUUAACUUUUACAUUUUUGUUAUAUGUAGGUCAUGUUUAAGCAGUCUUGUAAACUUUUGUCUAUUUUUUAGCAUUUAUUUUUGUUACUUUUCAAAUGCCAUUUAUAUAUAUUUUUUAUUGUUUUACUCUUGUCCAAGACUGAGACUUUCAAUCUGAAAAUACAAAAUCCAUAAUAAAAAUAUGAUCAUUAUUUUUUUUUUAAUUAUCACAACAAAGAGUGAAUUAAUUUAAUAAUUUAAAUGAAAAAAAUAUAUAUAAAUUUGUACACUUCUCCUUAGUUUUGGUGUUAUUUCCACAACAAUAAACAAACUUUGGAUCUAAUAAUAAUAAUCAUAAUAUAAUCAAGUUUAUUGCAAAAGUUACUGUUUUUUGUUUUUACCAAGGGGACAGUGUUAUUUAGAGCAUGCUGGAGUUGAAAUGAGAUGUAAUGUGUGAAGAAAAUAUUAUUUUUAUCAUGCAUCAUUUCAAGCUGUAAUGUUGUUUAAUUAUGAAAAAAUUUACAUCAAGUAUGUAUUUAAAAUACCUAAAAUGCUUGCUGUGAAAUUGUCCUUAACAAGACAAAGAUUUUCUGAAGAAAAAAAUUUUCACCACAGAAUGUUACCAAGCACAAUAAAUAAUUUGAGAUGUGACUGAAA